AUCCCUCAACGAGAAUUGAACGACGGACUCAUAAAACAGAGAUCUCCCUGUAGUACGUGCCAGUUCGCUCAUCGCUGUCAGUGUUCCUUCCAGUUCCCUCUGAUGAGGAGCAAGCAUCCGAAUCUGAACAUAGUGCUCCACAAACUACAACCUCAGUGAUUUAGUUUUGAGAAACAUUUUACUGCUGAGUUAAAAAAAGAAACUAGUGAUUCUCAAAAGCUCGAUAUAGAACUUUUGGAAUUUCGUGGAACGUGGAAUUUUCGUAUUACUGAAAAAUACGAACCGAAUGAGGCUGAGAAGAAGAGGCAAAGCUCAUUGCCUGGGUAAAGCAGACGAAGUUGAUCUUCUCGGCGAUAAGGUCGAGAAGACGAACGCCAGGAAAUAUACAAGAAGACAAAUUUUCGAAAUACUUUUUGAAAAUUGCUUCGGCUGCAAUAAAAUGUCUGCAAUACCACAGGGAACAUUUGCAGUACGUAAAGUGCGCCAAAACAAUAAUCGAGUGUUUUUAACAUCGAAAUUAGAAAAUAAAGAGGAAGGGAAAAAUUAUUCCUAUCCCAAAUCUCCGCAAGAAGGAAUGGAACUGACACCGUUACAAUAUAACAGUAAAUUGAUGAACAGCAUUUGGGGAUUAUACAAUCGUUAUUCAGUGCAUAAUUUCAAAAAAAUUAUUGGUGCUAACGAAGGGGUUCUUACGGCGGCUUGGGGGGUUGUUUUUCAAAACAGCCCUCCUACUACGGUCUUAGUUAACAAGGCCGCCGUAAAAAAGACUCAGAUUCUUGGAACUGAAAAAUGGUAUUAAAGUUGCAGGAAUGCAGAGUUAAAGAUAAGAAAUCAAAUUAUUGAGUCUUGCGUUUAUAAAUAAAGUGGAAAUGGUGUCUUUCAGAAUGUAACAGAAAGAAACAAUUUUACGUUUUUAUGAAAAGACUUUAUGUCUAAUUUAUGUUUAACAAGUUUUACUUACACAUAUUCAUG